AGUAUGGAAUUUCUCUUGUUCAACGUGAGCUUUGAAUAAAUAUCGAAUUCUGCCUCCUGAUUGGUCAGUUGCUUGCGAGCACGUGAUGUGGAGCUCUGUAUCGGCGCUGCGAUCCUAAAACAUCUCCAACUUCCGGCUUCAAUCGUCUCUUCUCCUUGGGAAUUUCCCUAUCGAUCAUACAGGUGAUUGAACGGUUUGACAUACAUAUUAUACAGCUUCGAUUCUCCUUCCACGCUGCCGUGGUCAUCACGACGCGCUGACCCUAUUCCUUUGUCCUUCGAGCGACUACCGACCAGCUGAUCAACAUGGACGCCCAUGUCCGUUCGUCGCUAUCGAACCUCGAAAACAAACUAAACUCCCUGAUCAACAGCCUCACAACCACUCCGACAGCUGCAGGAGCACCUGCUGCGGCGGUCGCGCUUUUGGAAGCAGAUGACCAGCUAACGUCAGCGGUCCAAACACUUCGACAGCACCAGGAAAACUAUGCCAAAAUCCUACGACUCCGUGCAGAGGCCGAAAAUUUGGAAGAGAGGGUGAAGGGAGUUGUCAGGGACAUUGAAGGGUACGAAAAGCAGAUUGGGACGGUUUGUGGUGACGAAAGCGACAGCGACUCGGAUUUGGACGACAGCUCCGAGGAAGAAUCGGAAGAAGGAGAGAACAAAUCCAAGAAACUCAGCUUUCGGAGGAACAAGGAUGUGGAUUACAAACUACUGCUCGAUUUCGCACGGCGCAUUUCCAAAUACAAUCACCAAGCUGCCGCGGAUGCAGCGGCGGGCAAUACACCAUCGAAGAAGGACAAAGAUGUCGCGAUGACGGGUAUGAAUGGAGCCACAGGGACCGAAGAAGGCGCAGAACCGGUCUCUUCGGUGACAAAGGAUGCUACCUUGUGGCUAGAUGAGUCGGCCAACAUGACCCGCGAAGUCUACAUGCUGCCAUAUCCUAUGGAGGAUCGAAUUCGCAUGGGCCUGAUGGGUCAAAUACAGCUCGCCGCCGCCGAAGGCAGGCCAGGGUUCGAGUCUGACAAGGAAGUGGAACGCAUGAUCCGUGAAGCAGAAGGCUUGGGGGUUGCGGAUGCGGUAGCACCGACACAAGCUGGCGAUGAGACACGUCACGCGGAUGAAGCCGCAAUGGCUGCAGCACAGGCAGGUUCGGUUGCACCAAGUGCAGUGCCAAAGGCAGCACCUCCACCAAAACCCCAAGCGACACUUGACCUGGACCUUUAUGACCCAGACGAUGACGAUAUAUGAUUCUGCUGAUUAUGAUCGCAUCUACGAACAUCCUGACGAAAUAAAUUUGAUAACCACCAAAUCUCCCAAAUACACCUAUUGCCAGCUAUACAUCAUAUCUACCAUGGCUUGGAAGUGAUACAUGACUGCCUCUCAAAAUUCCUGGCUUUGUCUAAUUGUCCUGGAGAUCUACAUACUAUGGACCGACGAGUUGGCAGUCCACUUCCUAAAUCGUUUGCCAUAGAAGUAAAAAGGGAUCGCAAACA